UUUAAUAAAUGUGGUGUGAGGGAUGAAGACAGAGUUGGCGGGGUCCAUUGUCCAUCGAAGAAACUUCCCUUUGGUUGAAAUUGAAAAGCCAGGGAAGAGGCAGUAACAGAUCUGAUUCCCGUUUUCACAAUCCAUGGCUGGUUUUAGCGGCGAUGAAACUGCCCCCUUCUUCGGCUUCCUCGGUGCGGCCGCCGCCCUCGUCUUCUCCUGCAUGGGGGCGGCGUACGGCACUGCCAAGAGCGGAGUUGGCGUCGCGUCCAUGGGCGUCAUGAGGCCGGAGCUCGUCAUGAAAUCCAUCGUGCCGGUUGUCAUGGCCGGAGUCUUAGGUAUCUACGGCCUGAUCAUCGCCGUCAUUAUCAGCACCGGCAUUAACCCUAAGGCCAAAUCCUAUUACCUCUUCGACGGCUACGCUCACCUCUCUUCUGGCCUCGCUUGCGGUCUCGCCGGUCUCUCCGCUGGCAUGGCCAUUGGCAUUGUCGGCGACGCCGGUGUUAGAGCAAAUGCCCAACAGCCAAAGCUUUUCGUUGGGAUGAUUCUCAUUCUCAUCUUUGCUGAGGCAUUGGCGUUGUAUGGUCUCAUUGUUGGCAUCAUCCUCUCUUCCCGCGCUGGCCAAUCCAGAGCUGAUUAAUGUAGACUUCCCUGUUUCUUAUAGCGCACAGAACCAUGGAUGGUGAAUGUCGCCAUGGACUAGGGCUUGGUAAGAGUGUAGCUUUGUGAUGCUCUUCAUUCGCCUCGUGACUCUUAUCUACUUGUCAUGAAGUUGAGGUUAUCCCGAAAUAAAGCGUCUCAAACGAUUUCUUUAGCCAUUUAUUGUAUUUAAUUAUGUUGAGUCCAGACUAGAUUAGAGUUCUCUAUAAUAAAACAUGCUGUAUGUUUGUGAUUAUUUAUUUCAAUAAUGUCUAGUAUUGUGUCGUGUACAAUUCAACACUUCACCCUCCCCAAGACCUCCUUUUUUUUUGUUAUAUUUAGGUGCCAAAUGUCAAUCUGAUUUCUUUUAUAACGAUUUUCAACAUCAUGGACCAUUUCAUUUCUUA